AUGUGGUGGUAUCCCAUGUACGGCCCGAAUGGCCAAGGUCCUCUUGGCGGCGGCGGUCCACCGGAGGAUGGCAGUGGUGGUGUCGGGUUUUGGAAUUCCAUGAAACUGAACUAUCCAAUAGCAGGCAUGACGAAAAUGCGUGCACCCAAGAAAUGGAUCAAAGCCAUCCUUCGCAUAAAGAAAUCCGGAAACUCUCGAUCUUUAGAGGAGGAGGAAAAUAUUUCAGCAAGCACAGAGAAGGCUUGGCACCAAGAGAAGCAUGCUCUUAAAACUGAUGACGAUAUUCUUGAAGAUGAGUCGAACGCGAAAGUGGUCAGAGAAAUUGAAAGUGUAAUAGAUUCAAAUUUCCUGUCGGCUUUGGAUUCAGCUAGAAUCUCACAUGAAAGGAAGCACUCAGUUGAGAUUGAUGAUAACUGUACACUUGAAUAUUUGGAAAAUGAGUUGAAUCACCACUUGAUCGUUGAAGCUGAAUAUGUGAAGAAGGCAAAUUUCGAGUUGGUAUCAAAUUCACCUCGAAUCUCGCACCAGAGGAAACAUUCCCUUGAGUUCAAUAAUGAUAUGUUUGGAAAUGUGUUGAAUCAAAAUGUAGUUAUGGAAGUCGAAUAUGCCAAAUAUGCGAAAUUCCAGUCGAUUUUGGAUUCUACCAGCUCGCUUUCGACGCCAAUUGAGGUGCGAAAUGCAGAUCAACUUGAAGUGAGUAUGAGGGAGGAAUGGGAGUCUCAGUUUCAGCAGAAAAUGAGGCAAGAGUGGGCUGCUGAGAUUGAUCUGAAUAUGAGAGAAGAAUGGGCAGCAAUAUGCAUUCAGUCAGCUUUUCGAGGAUUUCUGGCUAAACGAUCCUUACGUGCUUUAAAAGGAUUGGUGAGACUUCAAGCUCUCGUCAGGGGUUAUUCAGUAAGAAAGCAAGCUGCCACAACUCUUCGUUGCAUGCAAGCUUUAGUGAAAUUCCAGUCUCGAUUCAGAGCAAGGCGUGUUCGUGUUGCUUUAGAGAAUCAAAGAGCACAACAGAAACUUCAAGGGCAACUUGAACAAGAAGCUCGUGUCAAGAAAAUCGAAGAGGGAUGGUGUCAGAUUGUGGGAUCCGCAGAAGAAGUUCAAGCCAAGUUGUCGAAAAGGAAAGAAGCUGCCGCUAAUCGGGAAAAAGCAAAGGCCUAUGCUUUAGCUCGCCAGUGGCAAGCGAGGAACCGGCACCAAGUGAUAACACCUUCCGUAAUCUCCAAACCAGAGAAAACUAAUUUGCAUGUCGGUUUCGAGCCAGACAAAAGCUACUGGGGAUGGAAUUGGCUUGAGAGGUGGAUGGUUGUUCGUCCUUGGGAGAAUCCACUUUUAGACAUCAACGUCAUAGAUGGCGUGAAGAGAAGGCCCGGAUUUGGAAAUGACUCGAAAGCCUCAUUUGUACAUGAAACUGAGGGUAAAAUGGUCCCUAAGGAGAGAUUGGCACUUGCAGAUAAACAGAGAAAGAAGCGGCUGUCUCUGCCUACUGGAGGGAUUGUUCAUGGGGCUCAACUAACUGCUGGGCCUCAAGUCAGUCGACCCGUUGUGAAAAGUAGUUCCAUUGGUCCAAAGCCCGGAAUGGCCAAGAACAGUUUUAGUGGAAAUGUUAUCAAACCUUCAAAGCUCGGUUUCAACGUCGCUUAUUAGCUCCUAUUUUUUUCAGCAUAAACUGCACAAGAUACUGCUUACAUUCUACAUCAGCCAACUUUAGUUUGUACAUAGAAAUCCUUUCAUGAUGGCUGGAUUAAGAGACAAGACUGCCCUUGGGGACAUGAGGAUGAAACCGGGUAUAAAGUUAAAUGUUUUUCUGGAAUUAAAUUUGUUAUUUUUUUCAUCAGUAUUAUGUUCAUGUUUUCUUACUUAUCCAUUAAUUGCACCUACUUAUGCUGCUAGACUGGAUUUAGUCCUAGCAGUGUGUGUAUUAAGUGACAUCUGUUAAUUUAAGAUAUACAGUCGCCUACUUNUUCACCUCCCAUUUUUU